GGCGGGACUUCCUGUGGGCAGCCCUGGGCCUGUGAUUAGACUGCAAGAAGGACUUCCCUGGUGGAGGUGGGGCAGGAGCAUCCUUGGGAGCCUGGUCAGUUUCACCUGGGGGCGGGACUUCCUGUGGGCAGCCCUGGGCCUGUGAUUAGACUGCAAGAAGGACUUCCCUGGUGGAGGCGGGGCAGGAGCACCCUUGGGAGCCUGGUCAGUUUCACCUGGGGGCGGGACUUCCUGUGGGCAGCCCUGGGCCUGUGAUUAGACUGCAAGAAGGACUUCCCUGGUGGAGGCGGGGCAGGAGCACCCUUGGGAGCCUGGUCCUGCGGAAAGCGCCCGAAGGUCAGGAUGGCACUCUGCAGCCUCUUCAGCCGUUUGCACUCUUCCCUUGGCCGGGCUCUCGGCCUGGCCCUGGAGAUGCAGUGGAACCAGCAGCGACCCAUGGCCACACUCAACCAGAUGCACCGGCAGGGCCGCCCCAAGUGGCCCGUGGCCGGCCCCGGUCCCAUGAACGGCUGCCCCCAGCUCAAGGCUGUGGUGCUGAAGACCAUGAUCCGCAAGCCCAAGAAGCCCAACUCGGCCAACCGCAAGUGCUGCCGUGUGCGCCUGAGCACGGGCCGCGAAGCCGUCUGCUUCAUCCCCGGUGAGGGCCACGGGCUGCAGGAGCACCACGUGGUGCUGGUGCACGGGGGCCGCACACAGGACCUGCCCGGCAUCAAGCUCAAGGUGGUGCGGGGCAAGCAUGACUGCGGUCAUGUGCAGAAGAAGAAGCGGUAGGGGCCGGGGGGGGGCAAAUAACACCACUGUACGACCCUC